AUGGCCUCAACUGCUGCCACCGUCCCCACCCAGGACCAGGUCCUCGUCCCCGAGACCCUCCUGAAGAAGCGCAAGAGCCAGGAGCAGGCUCGCGCCGCUACCCGCGAGGAGGCCCAGAAGAAGAAGGAGGCCAACAAGCAAAAGCGCUCCGUCAUCUUCAAGCGCGCUGAGUCCUACGUCAAGGAGUACCGCGAUGCUGAGCGCGAGAAGAUCCGUCUUGGCCGCGUCGCUCGCCAGGAGGGCAACUUCUACGUUGCUGACGAGCCUAAGCUUAUCUUCGUUGUCCGUAUCAAGGGUAUCAACAAGAUUCCUCCUCAGCCUCGCAAGAUCCUUCAGCUCCUCCGUCUGCUCCAGAUCAACAACGGCACUUUCGUCCGUCUCUCCAAGGCUACUCAGGAGAUGCUUACCAUCAUCAACCCCUACGUUGCCUACGGUUACCCCAACCUCAAGUCCGUCCGUGAGCUCGUCUACAAGCGCGGUUACGGAAAGGUCGACAAGCAGCGCACUCCUCUCACCGACAACCAGAUCAUCGAGGAGCACCUCGGCAAGUACGGCAUUGUCUGCAUGGAGGAUCUGAUCCACGAGAUCUACACCGUUGGCCCCAACUUCAAGCAGGCCAACAACUUCCUCUGGCCCUUCAAGCUCUCCAACCCCACUGGUGGCUUCCGCUCCCGCAAGUUCAAGCACUACAUCCAGGGCGGUGACACUGGUAACCGUGAGGAGAACAUCAACGCUCUCAUCCGCCAGAUGAACUAGAUUUUUUCUGCGUGGGAUUGGUGUUCGCGGGGUCUGGACUACCGGCUGGUUGUCGGUAUAAUGGUCUGAAUUCCGAGUUGAAAAAUACAAAAGCUUUCAGAAGUUUAUGAUUGUGCACGUUUAUACCCUUGGGCUUAGUAACUGAAUUGUAGUCAUCUCUUGUUGACCCUGAAUUCCCUUUACGAAGAAUUGUAGUCGGAGCCCACAGAAAACUAAAGAUAAAAUGUAGCUGUAUGCACCCAUCAAUCUAUUAAGAUUCACUUGUCGGGUGAUUAAGUUUCCAGCUAGCUAAAGGCGAGGUUUAAG